AUGAUAAGAGACGAUGCGGAAAAAUUCUGUGAAUCGUUCGGUACCAGGCUGUUCUCUCCGAUGUUUACGGAAGAACUUGAGUACAACUAUUUUGAUAAAGAAAAACACUAUUUCUUGCGCCCCAAGAGAACACAUAACUUCUUUGAGGACACACCCUAUUACCCACAAUACUUAAAAUUCGACGUAUACGCCAUGUCUGAGAAGGGCGACUGUCUUUGUUAUGAACACAAUUGGCGAAUGAUGCCCUGUGAGUGCAAUAUGAAGCACUGGGUUAUUUGCGAACUGUAG